CAAUAUUAAAGGAAUACAUCAAACCAAAUAUAGUUACGGCAAUACAUUGCUCAAUAGAGGAUCUGUACGAAAUACAAGCGAAAAUAAGAGAAACAUUUACUAAUAAAUUCAUAUAUACGAAAAAUUUUGCAAUUGACAUAACGAACAGAGAAGACCAAGGAAUUAUAAUUGAACAAACGCAUACGCGAGCACAUAGAAGUUACCAAGAAAAUUUGGAUCAAAUUUGCAAAAAAUAUUAUUGGCCUGAAAUGAGAAAACAAUUCAAAGAAUAUGUAAGGAAUUGUGACAUAUGUAAUAAAAACAAAUAUGAUAGACACCCUAUAAAAAUACCAAUUGGAGAGGUCCCAAUACCUACAGAGGAAGGAGUACAGAUACACAUGGAUAUAUUCUAUGCGCAAUCUUUAAAAUUCAUUACGUGUAUAGAUAGCUAUUCCAAAUUUUUGGUUAUUAAGCAAAUCGAAGAUAAGAUUAAUUUAGAAGAUAAAGUGUUAGAAAUAUUAAAAAGCUUCCCUAAUAUAAAGAAGUUAACAAUUGAUAAUGAACCAGGAUUCACUAUGGUACAAUUUAAGUCCUUGAUGCAGAGGCUUCAAAUAGAAAUAUUUUUUUGUAACCCAAAUCAUAGUACCACGAAUGGUCAAAUUGAGAGGGUACAUUCAACAAUAAUUGAAAUUUCACGAUGUAUUAAACAAGAAUAUAAUUUAAUAAGCUUUUCAGAAUCAAUAUUUAGAGCUGCCCAACAAUAUAAUAAAACUAUACAUUCGGUAACUAAUGAGAAACCAUUUGAAGUACUUUAUAAUAAAGUCUCUCAUGAUAUUUUACCAGACAAACUUUUAUCAGCACAAACUAAGAUGCUAGAAAGACACAAUAAAAGUAGAAUUAAUAAAACAUAUUUAUGCGGAGAUGUUAUAUAUGAAAAGAUUACAGGAGAGAGAAAUAAACUAAAUCCUAGAUACAAGAAACAGGUAGUAAAAGAAGACUUAGGGAAUAAAGUUAGAAUUAACUACAGGAAUAGAAUAGUACAUAACGAUAAUAUUAAAUCUUAAUCAUAUAUUUUUAGAGGAUGAUACCCCUAAUUAUUCUAACACUAAUUACCAAUACAAUGACAGACAUUGUGGACUACACAAGAGAAGAUUACGUAUUAUUAGAAGACGGAGAUGUAGCCCUGUAUAAUGACUACGGAAAUAUUUUUCACAUCACUAAUUUAACAUACUUUAGAGAACUUAUAAGUUCAGACACAAAUUAUUAUAAUAAAAAACUCAGAUAUAAAAAUUUUGAACAAAAUAAUGAACAAGACAAGGCAUAUAUUAAUGAUUUAGACACAGAUCCAGAAAUAGAACUCAUAGAAACUUUAUUAGAACAACUACAAAUUAAAGAUACAAGAUAUAGGAGAGGAAUAAAUGAAAUAGGUACAUUAUGGAAGUGGAUAGCAGGAACACCAGACCAUGACGACCUAGUGUUAGUAAAUAAUAAAUUAAACGAAUUAAUUGACAAUAAUAAUAAACAAUACACAACAAAUUCUAAAAUUUUUGGAAUUAUUAACCAAUUAACUGAAACAAUCAAUAACAUUAAUGAAAACUCAAAUAUUAAAAUUCUAAUGAAACGGAAAAAUCAAUUCCUAAUAACUGAAUUACAAAAUAUGAUUAAUACAAUAGCUAUAGGAAAAAUGGGAAUUUUGAACCCGACAAUUUUAAAUUUAGACGAGAUUAAAAGUAUAAUUAAGAAUGAACAUGGACGAUUGACAAUAACUGAUAUAAUAGAUAUUUCAAAUUUUAAAAUAGUACAAAAUAAAGAUGUAAUAGUUAUAUAUAUUAAGUAUCCAAAAAUUAUAUAUGAUUGCAAAUAUUAUGAAGUAAGAGCAAUUCCACAAAAAGAUGGUAAAUUAAUAAUUAAUAAUGAAAUUGCGAAAUGCAAAAAAGAAUAUAUAAAUAUUAAAAAUUGCAAAAGAGAAAUGAUAAAUACUUAUUGUAAAAUUAAUAUUAAAAAUACUUGCCUAUCAGAUAUUUUGUCCAAUAAAAAAGGGAAAUGUAAAAAAAUUAAAGAAAAACAUAAAGACAUAGAUAUAAUUAAAGAAGGAGCAAUAUUAGUCUCUGGAAAUCAUACUAUAGAUGACUCUGCCAUAAAUGGAGUUUACCUUGUAACAUUUGAAAAUUAUACAAAUAUUGAUAAUAUAACUUACGAAAAUAUUGAUUGUAAAAUUUGGAAUUAUUUAAAAAAUAAUCAUAUUAAUAACUUUGAAAUUAUAGAAUACAUUGAAACAAAAAACAAAGAAUUUGAAUUUGAAAACAUAAAUAUUUUGAGUGAAAGAAUUAAAGAAUUUAAAAAUCAUUCACUUUUCUGGUAUAUAAUUGUAAUACUUGUACUAUUAAUAACAAUAUACAUAAUCUAUAAGAUUUUAAAAUUAAAAAAAAUAUAUAAAACCAAUAAGCAAAGCAAAAAAUUAAAAUUUCAAGAAUUGUCAUAUAAUGCUAUUUUAGAGAGCAUUUACAAAAUAUCAAAAAAUGAUACUGAAUCGGGGACGAUUCAUCUUAGAGAGGGGGGAGUUAACGGCAGCAGCCACACAGAUACUUAACGAUAAAUGUAAACAAAUUGUAUCUUCUCGCAGUAUUACUGCUUGGUCAGCAGAAUACUUUAAUUAAUAAGAAAUCAAUAUAUCACUUGUUUUGAUAAGUAAGCAAAAUCCAAUAUUCCAUUAUUUGUUUUGAUAAUGAGAAUAAUUGGAAAUCCAAUGCUCUGGCAUUUCAUCACUUAAUGUAAUGCCAAAGCAUCUUUAGUAAUAAGCAUAGAAUUAUAAGAAUAUAAAUAUAAGUGCUUUUACUAAUAAAGAUCAGUGUAUAAUUGAGUGAUCAUCUUGAUCAGGGAUGGGCACAUUAGCCCUCAGUGGCAUUUUGCCCGUGCGGGCACGAGUGCACAUUUUGAGGGCUCGGUGAGGGGAUCAUCGCGGGCAAACAUGAAGAGGGAAGUGAGAGCAACGUUUUACCACUCCAUAUUUACAAAUGAGAGCAAUGUAUUUUCCACCACCAUUGACUGAUCUAUCACAUGUACAGUGGUGUGAACAAAAUAGAAACAACCAUAAGGUGUUGUGAAGUUUUAAAAUAUGCGAUGAACAUCAUUUGAUCUUGAUGAUCAAAGCGCACCAUAUAUUGUCACUCAAACCAACACUUGUGUUUAAUUUCUACCGCGCGUAGCGGAACGGAAUAUAUUUUUUUAAUACUUCCCACACAAGGGAAGUUAAUUUGCACACAUAAUUACAUACGUGAAUAUGUGCGACCGCUUGGUCUUUUAACAUGUUAUCAAAACUUUUAAAAACCUGACCUGUAAAUAAAUAUGUAUUCUAUUUCACGAAAUUUUAAGAUAAGUUUACUGGUUAUAACGACGACGCAUGCUUUUUUAUUAAGAAUGAAUGUCGCCGAUCAGUUGCGGAAUCAAUAACGGUAAAGUACGGUACAAUGUUUUUAUGUCUUUCGCUAGUACAUAAGUAGCUAUUUACUUAUGUACAUAUGUAUUUUGUAAAUUUUUGUAGAUCAAUCUCGUCUUCAAUGUAUAAAUGUCAGUUAGUUAGUUAUUUUUUCGCGGUCAGACAAUAAGAAGAUGCGCCACAAUGAGUGCUCUAAAGAGAAAAUGUUUUUCUAUUGAAGAAAAAGCUGCAAUUAUACAUCGCUUAGAAGCUGGCGAAUCAAAUGCACUUCUUGCAAAAGAGUUCGGUGUUAGUCAUUCCACAAUAUCUAAAAUCAAGGAAAAUAAAAGCAAAAUUGAAUCUCUAUUCAAUGAAAAUGUUCGAUUUUGCUAAGAAGCUUAACAUUUCUGGCUUCGAAUGCUCAACAAGUUGGAUCAGCCGAUUCAAAGUAAGAUACAAUAUUGUUGCAGGCAAAGUUGCUGGUGAAUCUCUGUCAGUCCAAAAGAGUGAUGUGAGCGACUGGUUAGCAAAAGUUUGGCCAAAUUUGAAAGCCCAAUUUAGCGAUGAUGAGAUUUUUAACGCUGAUGAAGCGGGAUUAUUUUAUAAGUUGACACCAAAUCAAACUUUAAAAUUUAGAGGAGAAAAAUGUUUAGGCGGAAAGCUGUCGAAAGAAAGACUAACUGUGCUAAUUGCAGCAAACAUGAGUGGUACAAUAAAAAGAAAAUUGCUUGUAAUUGGAAAGCCAAAGCGUCCAAGAUGUUUCAAAAACGUACGGUCGUUACCUGUCGAUUAUGUUAGUAAUAGCAGAGCCUGGAUGACAUCUGAUAUUUUUACAAAAUGGGUGCGUGAUUGGGAUCGUGAACUCGAGAAAACGAAAAAAAAAAUCCUACUUUUGGUUGAUAAUUGUCCAGCACACCAUAAAAUCGAUGACUUGAGAAGCAUUACUCUAGUUUUUCUACCACCGAAUACUACAUCCAUAUUGCAACCUAUGGAUCAAGGAGUAAUUCGUGCGUUUAAAUCAUAUUUUCGAAAAUUCCUUGUUCUAAAACUAAUCAACGACCACGAUAACAAUAAAAAUAACAAGGUUGAGCAAGUAAAGAUUACAAUACUUGAUGCCAUUCUUAUGACGUAUGAUGCUUGGAACAAGGUUUCUGAAAUAACGAUUUCCAACUGUUUCAAGCAUGCUGGAUUUUCUAUCGCGAAUAUAGGCGUUACCAGCACCUCAAUAUCAUCUGAUUUUGAUGAUGAAGAUGAUGUUCCGCUCUCAGUUUGGGCAAGUGCUUUUGAAAGUAGCCUACCCAUAUCAACAGAAGAAAUCGAGGAAUUUUCUAGUAUUGACAAUAAUCUUCCAAUAUGUGGAGAACUAACCGAUGAAGCAAUUGUGCAAAAUCAUGCUGGAUUUUCUAUCGCGAAUAUAGGCGUUACCAGCACCUCAAUAUCAUCUGAUUUUGAUGAUGAAGAUGAUGUUCCGCUCUCAGUUUGGGCAAGUGCUUUUGAAAGUAGCCUACCCAUAUCAACAGAAGAAAUCGAGGAAUUUUCUAGUAUUGACAAUAAUCUUGCAAUAUGUGGAGAACUAACCGAUGAAGCAAUUGUGCAAAAUGUAAUUGUCGACAAGAGUGAUAGUGAUGACAGCGCUGAUGAAAAUGACCAGAUUUCUUCAUCUCCAAGCGUUAUAGAAAAUUUAAUAUUUGUUAUCGACCAGGGUUGGGCAUAG